CUCACUCAUAGCCAGAAUACUGGUCUUUGGUCAUCUUACAACAAAUUGAAUGGAUUUUAAGAGGAUGCCAAACAGCCUUGGUUUUUACUGUUUCAAAACCCGGUAUGCGUUAUUUAGCAUAGUAAUCAAUUUAUAUUUUAAACAAUUUUAAAUUUUAUUUCUUGGUUGAAUCGCUUACCAAUGGUAGCAGGCGGAAUACAUAUUAGGUUAUGGCGUUUAUAAAUAUUCAAUAUUGUAAAAUUUUUCAACUUCAAACGUCAUUUACUUGACGGAUUAAUAUUAAAUAGCAAUUUUAAUAAUAAAAGUGUUGAGCAAUAGCUUUAUGUAUGAAAGAAGCCUAGACCAAUAUAUCAAUAUAUAUUUUAAUUUAGGUUUGAAAUUGUUUUCGAUUGUAUACAUUCAACGUCAUCUAAACAUCGAUAGCGACUGUUAUCCGGGCUAUAAAAAGGGGUUUGGGACACUGUCCGGCCACCUCAUGGGACACUGUCCGGCCACCUCAUGGGACACUGUCCGGCCACCUCAUGGGACACUGUCCGGCCACCUCAUGGGACACUGUCCGGCCACCUCAUGGGACACUGUCCGGCCACCUCAUGAGCAAAAAAUAAGGAGGUCCUUCAAACGUUUUUUUUCUUUUUAUUCAUCCUGCUUAUCAAACAUAAACAAAAUAUUGCAAAACACUCAUUCUAUUAGUCCAUGAAUUAUAACUAAAUAUUAUAAGAUAUACUCUUAAAAAAACAUAUAUUAUAUUUUUUGCUAUUGUCUAUUAUUUAAACUAACUCUUUAUACAACUUAAAUAUGCACCAAGGAAAAAAAACUGUAGCGAUUAAAGAAAAACUACAAAUCACUAGAACUAGGGCGAUAGCAAUCGAUGAGUUGCAUUUCACAGAUUUAUUGUUUUGUUAGGUUUUUUUUUUAUGACGAAAGGUUGGACUUUAUCAAUAUCUUUUUUUUUAAUAGUAUUUUCAAUCUCUAUUGGGGGAAAAAUGUUUAGUCAAACAAAACAAGUAAGUAAACAACAUAAAAAAAUAUUUUCUUUUGAGAAAGUUUAAGAAGGCUUUAUUCAACCACAUAAUAGGGCAUUUUUCAAAGUACCGUUAAAGUAUAUUAAUUGGAUAUAAUCACAAAGAAAUAAUAAUUUAAACUAUAUAAAUUUUAGUAAUGAGUUACAUUUAUUGGUAUAUUUUUCUGGAUAAUCCGAUCAAAUUGGUUCAACUAUAUACAAAGGAAACGACAGCGAAUAACCCAAAUGAACAAAAUGAUGACACUACUAGCGCUUCUUUUGUUUUCGCGCGGCUUUUUAGUGACCAACCUAAUUAAUAUAUGUAGUAAAGUGUCGUUCUCUCUCUCUCUUUUUCUCUCUAUCUACCUCUUUCUUUCUCUUUCUCUCCCUCUCUCUUUGCAGCAGAUUACCAAGAGUGCGAUUCCUUUGUCAUAUUUUGAUAUUUCAUGUUUUCAUUAAUAUAAUGUGCAUCUAGGUUCAAUGAAGUUCAUUCAUUUAAAAUAUUUAAUUUUUUUCUAAAUGUUUUACAAAAUGCACGUGUACGCUUCAUAAAACAUAACUUAUAUAUAUAUUUAUAGAUUUGAUGGUAAUAUUGGAUUUUGUUAGCGCCCAUUGAACACAAUUGCAAGCCAACCCUGCGCCGUGAGGAAUGCCAUGUUUUUAGCAACCCAAAACAAAACAAUUCAAAAUAGAUAUUUGGCAUAUGGAGAGGUCAACCAGAGGUGCACCCCCACCCCUCUCUCACAAUACCUGCUAAUAUGUUCUUAGAAAUCGUCGACCAGAUGAAAUCUAGAUAAAACGUGAAAUAUAUUGCAAGAUAAAGUCUGAAUCAUUCUUUAAAUGGGAAAGAUUUAUUAUUUGAAAAUGCGUAAAUUAUAAAAUGUUAAACCUUUUUUUUUUUUGAAAGCCCACUUUUAAAAUAGGCUUAUUUAUUUGAUCAAACAGACAAAAAAUGCGUUUCCAUUACUGGCAUGGUAUGCAUGUCUUCAAAAAAAAAACACCACAUUUUAUUUUUAAAAUUCUUUUGUCCUUUCAAUUUUUUAUGAAUUUUGAACAUGAAUGUAGACAGAAAAAUCAUCCAUAGAAAACCAAAUAUAUUAAUACAAGUUCUUAUUUUUCGUCCACAUUUAUCAGAGAUAAAGUUGUGCUGUGAUAUGGAUUUUGAAUUACGAUGAAGGCAUCUCUUUCUGUAGCGUUAUUUUUAACAUUUGUGUACCGUUUUGCAAAUUCUACACAAGGUAGGUUUUUAAAACGUUAAAGCUAAUGUUGCAGUGAUGUUGUAUUUUUAAUUGUUUGAUUUACUUUAACAAACAAAAUGCGUACCUUUUUCAGGAGUAAAAAGGUAACGUAGAAUGUAUAUAAUAUAUAUGAUAUAUAUGCUAAUUAAAAGUAAUUGAAUAUUUUUUAUUUUUUUUAGUAUAUAAAUAAAACGGCUUUAUGUGUUCCAGUUCAAAAUUUUAAAAGACAGUUGAUCAAAAUCAUUAUUGAUACAAAGAAUAUUUAAGGGGCAUGUUCGUGCCAUUUUGAUGAUUACAACUCAUUUGUAGGGGCUAUGACGGUCGAUUCAUUCGAUUAAUAACAAUAAAAUUAUGUUUUGUUAUUAAUUAGGUGUUUUUCCAUACAAUUAAAAUUAAAUCAUUAGAACAUAUCUUCAUACAUGCAGCGGGUAGGCCUUGGUAUAUUUUUUUAAUAGGUCUAUCUUUAACAGAUUUCUUCCUCCAGUGUUAGCAGAAAAGAAAUAUGUUGCGGGUAUUACCGCUUGGUACAAGGAAUUACGGGAAAUUUCAUUAUCGUCACCGUGACUCCUUCGGAUCUUUCCUUUGAAGCUUACUCCCUUAGUUCGUUUCUUUCAACUAGAUAAGUUACAAUCCGAGGUUAUAGUCUCCAUCCCUGCUUUUCCUUUGGAAUAAGCUCCAGUCACCAGGUGUGAAUUGUCACAUUUUGAAAGCAUGGCCAAACAAUUGAAAUUAUUUGAAGCGACCUCACUUCAACUGUCUGAAAUAUUUUCUAAAAUACAUUAUCAUCAUGAACUUUCCAUUACGGAUUACUUUUGGGACAAGGUAAUCAAGAUGAGAUGUCGGUCCUACACAGAGAAGGAACGUGAAUCCGACCUUUAAUGUUUAAAAAAAACAACCCUUUCUGAUAACUUCAGAGCUCUUCCGACGUGGCGAACGAGCCAAACGUAUUCCCACGUAUCAUCACAAACAUAACAUAGAAAACAUGUUUUAAUUUAAAACUAAUAAUCCAGUCCUGAUAAACCGACCCUGAUAAACACAAUAUAUUCUCUGCCCCGCCACUCAUUGUUUUGAGACCAAAAAAAAAAUUUCGAGAUCCACGCUGCCACCUCGUACUUUGUGAUGAAGUUAUUUUGAUGCAGCAUUUCUUUUUUGGCUUCCGGGCUCAAUGCGUUCCCUUUAAUAAUUUUCGUUUCGGGUUAAUUUUUGUUUCCUCUUUACUUGCUGUAAUGUUUCCUACGCAUUCGUCUUACCAGUUUCCAGAUGGUGUAACUAGGUGUAACAGGAUGGUGCCUCUCGGACAGAUAAUUAGAACAAAAUAAAAAUAUUUCACAAGAAAAGCUUUGACCCAUCUCAAAGAAAUUAAAUAUAAGCCGCCAAAAAGGCUCCCGCAACUUUGCCUAUCACGACCAUUGUGCAUUGUGAUGAAUGCCAAACUGGAUGAGCUUGGCUAACAAAGUGUUUCAGACUUACAAAAACAUGAAAACGCAUGACAUAACUUUCAUUAUCUCAUUCAUUUUUUAAAUCUUUCUUCUGCGACCCUUCUUCUUACAAACAAUUGCAGUUGACGUUCUUUUUCAUCUCUUCAGUUCUAUUUUGCUAUUAAAUCUCCCAUCUUCUUCUGUUUUAUUACUUUGCACUUGCUGUCCUCUCAGAUACUUCAUUGCAUUUGUUUUUUACUGCUGUGUUUUGGCUGAUGAAGGCUUCUUGCCGAUACGUGGUUUUCCCAAUUCGCCCAUUUCCAUUUUUCUAACUUUAUUUCAGUCUCUCUCCCUGAUUAAGAAGAAACAAUUUUUAUAUAUCAUCAUAAACUUUUGAGUAAUAUUUAAUUUUUUUUUUUUUUUUGCUUUCUUUAAUACAUUUUAAGCAUUUUGUUUCUUUUUCGUAACGACCAGGUAAUAUAAUCAAUAGUUUAUGACAAAACAAUUUUUAUCACAAACAGUUACACGUGAGGUAAACUUCACUUAUGAAGCAUACGAUGACGAACCUGGUGUUCAAUUUAAGUGCACUGUUACCGGCUUUCCACACAUCAUCUGUAUCGGCAGACUCAACAAUCCAGGUUAUCUGUCAGUGCAGUCUCCACAUGGGAAUAAAAACAUCAGCACACUGGUUCAUCACUCACCGGAUGUUAACUGCCGAUUCAUGGCGACGUACGUUUGCAGCGCGACCUAUUCUGACGGCAAGAAAAUACAUGCUAACUUAGACGUUUCAUUAGCCAACUGUACGUAAAUUUUGUGUUCAUUAAUUCAAAAUGUGUCUUUUGUCAUAUUAUUUAUAAAAUAUAAUUCAAACUCGUAUAUUAACUUUCUUAAAAUUACAUUUCCUUGAUAAGAUCCAGUUUCCCAAGAGGCUCUCAUUGCCCUAUAAGAUUCCGUUCACCAAUGGGGUCCAGUUUCCAAAUGGCAUCCAGUUCUCCAAGAGGCUCUCAUUGCCCUAUAAGAUUCCGUUCACCAAUGGGGUCCAGUUUCCAAAUGGCAUCCAGUUCUCCAAGAGGCUCUCAUUGCCCUAUAAGAUUCCGUUCACCAAUGUGGUCCAGUUUCCAAACGACAUCCUGUUCUCCAAGAGGCUCUCAUUCCCAUAUAAGAUUCCGUUCACCAAUGUGGUCCAGUUUCCAAAUGGCAUCCAGUUCCCCAAGAGGCUCUCAUUCCCCUAUAAGAUUCCGUUCACCAAUGUGGUCCAGUUUCCAAAUGGCAUCACGUUCCCCAAGAGGCUCUCAUUGCCCUAUAAGAUUCCGUUCACCAAUGGGGUCCAGUUUCCAAAUGGCAUCACGUUCCCCAAGAGACUCUCAUUGCCCUAUAAGAUUCCGUUCACCAAUGGGGUCAAGUUUCCAAAUGACAUCCAGUUCCCCAAGAGGCUCUCAUUGCCCUAUAAGAUUCCGUUCACCAAUGGGGUCAAGUUUCCAAAUGACAUCCAGUUCCCCAAGAGGCUCUCAUUGCCCUAUAAGAUUCCGUUCACCAAUGUGGUCCAGUUUCCAAAUGGCAUCCAGUUCCCCAAGAAGCUCUCAUUCCCCUAUAAGAUUCCGUUCACCAAUGUGGUCCAGUUUCCAAAUGGCAUCCAGUUCCCCAAGAGGCUCUCAUUGCCCUAUAAGAUUCCGUUCACCAAUGUGGUCCAGUUUCCAAAUGGCAUCCAGUUCUCCAAGAGGCUCUCAUUGCCCUAUAAGAUUCCGUUCACCAAUGGGGUCCAGUUUCCAAAUGGCAUCCAGUUCUCCAAGAGGCUCUCAUUGCCCUAUAAGAUUCCGUUCACCAAUGGGGUCCAGUUUCCAAAUGGCAUCCAGUUCUCCAAGAGGCUCUCAUUGCCCUAUAAGAUUCCGUUCACCAAUGUGGUCCAGUUUCCAAAUGGCAUCCUGUUCUCCAAGAGGCUCUCAUUCCCCUAUAAGAUUCCGUUCACCAAUGUGGUCCAGUUUCCAAAUGGCAUCCAGUUCCCCAAGAGGCUCUCAUUCCCCUAUAAGAUUCCGUUCACCAAUGGGGUCCAGUUUCCAAAUGGCAUCCAGUUCCCCAAGAGGCUCUCAUUGCCCUAUAAGAUUCCGUUCACCAAUGUGGUCCAGUUUACAAAUGGCAUCACGUUCCCCAAGAGACUCUCAUUGCCCUCCCUAUAAGAUUCCGUUCACCAAUGGGGUCCAGUUUCCAAAUGGCAUCCAGUUCCCCAAGAGGCUCUCAUUGCCCUAUAAGAUUCCGUUCACCAAUGGUGUCCAGUUUCCAAAUGGCAUCACGUUCCUCAAGAGGCUCUCAUUGCCCUAUAAGAUCCCGUUCACCAAUGGGGUCCAGUUUCCAAAUGGCAUCCAGUUCUCCAAGAGACUCUCAUUCCCCUAUAAGAUUCCGUUCACCAAUGGGGUCCAGUUUCCAAAUGGCAUCCAGUUCUCCAAAAGGCUCUCAUUGCCCUAUACGAUUCCGUUCACCAAUGGGGUCCAGUUUCCAAAUGGCAUCCAGUUCUCCAAGAGGCUCUCAUUGCCCUAUAAGAUUCCGUUCACCAAUGGGGUCCAGUUUCCAAAUGGCAUCCAGUUCUCCAAGAGGCUCUCAUUGCCCUAUAAGAUUCCGUUCACCAAUGGGGUCCAGUUUCCAAAUGGCAUCACGUUACAGGUUAAAUCCUGUUUACCAGUGAGGUUGGAAUCCUCGAUUAAAUCCCGUUCCCCGAUGGGAUCCAUUUCCUCGAUUGCAUCCUUCACCCCCCUUUUGGUAUUCCGCUCUUCGGAGAAUAUUUUUCCUGAUGGCAUUCAGUUUCCAAAUCAGAUCAAGUUCCCGAUUUGAUUCCAUUUUCGGGUGGAAUCCCAUCACCAGUGAGAACCAAUUUCCAGUUGUAUAUUUUUCCUUGGUGGGAUCCGAUUUCUCAGUGAGAUCCCGAUCACAGCAGGAUAACAUUCCAUUGGGUUGCAUUUCCUGUUAGAUCCCAUCCACCGUAGGUUGCUGUUACGCUGCGAGAUUAUGAAGGGGUGUUAAACAACUUUUGCGAAAUAAAUCAAUGCACGUAAAAGCGUUUGUUAUAGUCUAAACAUUCAGCUUCAUUAAUGUAUAUAUCAUAAGCAACAUUAAUUGACAAUCUUGACCUUGAAUAAAAUUUUGAAUGGUAACUAAGCGCAACUGACAAAAUCCCUGUCAAAGUAUAAAAAUCAAGAGACCUAGGGUAACAUUUCUAUAAGAUUAUAGAUUCCACAGUAUAUCACCAUGAUAAUAAGCAUUUCUUGAAAUAUAAUAAUCUCUUCGAAAUUAGUAAAUAUAUUUCUCUUCGUAAUCAUUGUUCGAAUUUAAAACAUUUACAAAUAAUGACUUAACAGUAACAACACAUUAUUAAAGUUUAUAUAGAGUCUCCACUGUAGCCCCCUUUCAUAAGUUUAUGUUUUAGUAAUGCCUUGAAAAUGGGGCAUAUUAUAGAACUUUGUUGAAAAGUCUAGCCCAAACGCGAAUGUAUUGGAUACUAUUAGGUUUAAAUACACCGCUAAUUCAAUGUGUUUUGUUUGGUGUUGCUACCAAGCUUUGCCUAGAUCCAACACUUCACAUUGAACCUGUGUUGGUGUCUCAGCUUAUUGGUUUUUCAAUAAACUACUUAAGAAUCAUUGAUAUGGUUGCUGUUGGCCUUAAAAAGGGUGUAUAUUUUUUUAAAGUUCUGUACCCACCAAUAAAUCAAGUGGACGUGUACUAAGUUUGAUCUAUAUUUAUAUAUUUCAUAUAGGUAAAAACAAAUCAAGGGCCUAAAGCCACUAAAGUAUUAUAGUGUUAAGUUCAACCAUGUCCACCCUUUUAGGAUAAUGUGUGGCAAAUUUAGUCAAGAUCCAUCCCGCAGUGUAGACACAUUUGGAACAAACAAAUUCACGAAAAAAUGUUCACUUAUAUAUAUAUUCAUAACAGAGCCGGAAGUUUAAUCAAGAUUGAACUAGGAAAACGCUUCUGCAGCUUUAUCAGCAAUUAUCGAUUAUGUGAACCCUGUAAAAUGCAAGUUGCAAAUUUUAAAAUUUCAAAGUUUUAAAUAUUCUUCAUAAAAAUGUAUAAUAACUUUACUCAUAUAUUAGCGAAAAAUAUUUCAUUUAUAUUCACAUUCUAGUUCCCGCUACCUUUAAAGCAUACCCAUCUAUUUUUCAAAACGAAUUUCGAAAAAUUCAACCAUAAAAAGCGCUUUGAAAUAUGCAAAUAACCAUCUUCUUUAUGUGUCCACCUCUAACCACUGACUGACAAUGAUUCCAACCUCCUUGUGGAUGUGGGUGGGCAAUACAGAUUAGGAAGAACUGAAUAUUUAAUCUAUAAAGUUCUAGACCAGUGUUCCCCAAAUGUGGUUCGCGGACUGGCACAGAUGAGAUGGUAAUGAGGUAUGGCCCGUAUUUAUGGUCAUGUAGCACGUGGCGUUGGUGGUGUUGUGAAUAGUAUGGGGCCGUUGCUCUCUGUGAUGGUUCACUGGUCCAGGCGUUGAGAAGUACAACGAAGAGAACACAGAACACGAAUGAAUGACUAAACAACUCCUCAUUAACAGUUAUAAGUAAAAGAUGUAUUGAUCACUAUAAUAAGAUUGUCAUGUCUGUUGUCUGUUAACACGUAUCUGUCUAUCCCUAAUUCUAUCUGUGACUACAGCUUGUGCUGCCACCACAGAACGACCAUCCACGAAUCUCUCCCUCUGUCUUAUGUCACGAAGAGUUCUAUGUUAUGUACCAUUCUCUACCUCCCUAGGUGAUCCAAGAAUGUUUGCAAUCAACCCAUCUAUACCCUUCUCAUUUCCGGUCAAUUAGGAACUUCCGUCGUUAACCCCAAAGUUAUCACACGAAGUCUGGAAAACCCGAGACAUAAUGUUUUGGAUAGAACCAUCCCCAAAAUCUAAAAGAUACGAGAAUAUAUAUUAGCCUUACCCCAUGCACCUAACAGUUCCCUACCUAAAAUCACAGCAAUUUCUGUUCACCCCAUAACUUAUCUGAAGAACAAUGGAGAUCUGUUGUUAAUCCCCACCCGAGUCAUUUGUGACACGGACUGGCAUCGAUUUAGCACAACAUGAAUAUCUAUGAUCAGAUAAUUACCAUAAAUUAAGAAACAUGCCAUGUCUACCUGGUUCAAUAAUACUUAUUCUAAUACUAGAAUACGAAACAAUUCAUUCUUGUAACUAUGGAGAGUAAGUAAGGCUUGAAAUUUCGUUCUCCAUCUUUGUUCUUAUUUUUUUUAUUUAAUAUAAAUUUGUUCUAGAGUUUGUUGACAUUGGAUAAAUUAAGAAACUAACUGUUUUUAUGUUAUCGUCCCAUAAAGGUGGACCCAUUCUCUGUGAUGGCGAGUUCAAAAACAAAACGGUAUUGGUUGGUAUCGGUGAAACUGUGCAAGUCUCAGUGUGUAUUAUAACAUCGAUGAAUGUUUCAGAGGCUUCGUUAAUGGCAAGCUCAUCUUACGGUAACUGUGGCAGAACCAACUGUCCAGUGAUGAACUACACGGUUCAAAUCAAACAAAGUGUGUCGAAGAUUUACACCAAUAUAACACUUAAAAUUUUUAAUAUUAGCGCGGACAUGUUUACAAUGUACAAUCUUACAGUUGGAACGAGAAAACCAUUUAUGUAUCAACUCUACCUGAAGGAAAGGGGAAAAAAUAACACAGGUAUAUUUUCUUCACAAUGUAAUCGAAUAUUUUUGAGAAGCUCCUUUGUAUUAGAAAAAGAAAAAUAGUAAAUCUUCAAGGCUGACCAUCACAAAAACGUGAAAUCUUACAAUAAUUUUAAAAUUUUUCUAUUCAGUCCUCUUUUUAUAUAACUAUAAUUUUGAGUUUUAAGACAUGUUCUAACCUUGCCAAAAGGGGACAUUCUUAUUGGCAGUGCUGGUGGUGAUACUAUUACUUAUAUUAGAUGAAUCCA